AUGGCGAUGAGGCAGCGCGGCGUGGGUAGGGAGCUGCGAGGGGAAAGCACCACCACCAAUGAGACAUCUGCGAGCGCCGCCGAAGAGAAAGAGAGAGAGGGCCGCAACGGAGAAAGAGAGAGGGUGCUGAACAGGAUUAGUGGCGUGGGGGAGGAAGAGAAUAGACGCGUGGGUGGCAGGAACUGCGAUGCUGAGGGAGGCCACUGGUCUGGGCAGAGGAGUUUCCACCGCCACCAAGAUCCGCAAGCGCUGCGCCGUGUCGCCGUCGUCGGCCGCGUCGUCCUCGGACCGCCAGAGGAGGAGGUGGGAGCUGCGGGCGAAGCGGAGCGUGCGCCUGAUCGGCCGGAGCGCGGAGCCGGGUCGCAUUGCCCGAGCAGCAGCAGGAUCAAGAGGAGGAGGAUGUCGGAGCCGUCCUGGACGAACCGGCGCUGCCGCCACGGCGACGUCGAGACGCGGUCCGCGGCGUCGGCCAGGAAGCUCGUCAGCGCACUCUGGCAGCACAGCAAGGGCGGGAGCGCAUUCGAGGAGGAGGUUGGGGAGGGGGAGGUUCUGUGGGACGCGGCCGCCAAGCGCCGGAGCUCCUCGGAUCACCGGCGCAGCGCGUCGGUCGAGGUGCUGUCCAAGUUGUCGAGAAGAAAGAUCAAGGCUUUCAAGGAUGAUGAUGGAGAGAGGAGCUGGCAUAAUGGCCAUGCUCAUGGCCGCUGCUUCUCAGAUGUCAUGAGCAAUGGCGGCACUGUGGGGGGCCGCACUCCAGCACGCCAGGGUGAUCGAAACAGAACAGUGCAGAUGCAGGAGCUGUACAACAGCCUCACCGCGUCCAACGAGCUCGUCAGGGUCCUGGCCAACGUCCUGGGACCCACGGGGGGCCUCAACCCGACGGCGGCGUCCCUCCUCGCCGCGCUGCGCUCCGAGCUGGACGCCGCGCGCCAGCUCGUGAAGCAGCACAGGCGCGGCGGCGACGAGGACGACGACUACGAGCGCCUGCUGCGGAAGCAGCUCGCGGAGGAGGUGCGCGAGUGGAAGUGCAGGCACAGGGAGAAGGCCGCGGCGGCCGCGCGGCUGGUCGCCUCGGAGCUCGACGGCCAGCGGCGGUCGCGUAGGCGGGCGGAGAGGGUGGGCAAGAAGCUAGCGGAGGCGCUGGCGGACGCGGAGGCGUCGCUGCGGGCGGCCACGCGGGAGCUUGAGCUGGAGAGGGCGUCCAGGGAGCGCCUGGAGAAGGUGUGCGACGAGCUCGCCAGGGGCGUUGGUGCCGGCACGGAGGCAGAGGAGGAGGAACUCAGGCGGGAGGCCGCCACCGCUCUGGAGGAGUUGGAGAGGGAGAGGGAGAUGCUGCAGGUCGCAGACGAGCUCCGUGAGGAGCGGGUCCAGAUGAAGCUAGCGGAGGCGAGGCUCCAGUUCGAGGAGAAGAACGCCGUCGUCGACCGCCUGCGCCAAGAGCUCGAGGCCUUCUUGGGCACCAGCAACGAACGUCGAGAAAAAACGCCUGCUCACCAUGAACUGGUGGCCAAGGAUGUGGUGGAGGAUCAGCAGCUGCAAUUGGUUCUUGCCUCUGAAUUCGGUGUCGACGGCAUCGAUCGUGUGGUCACAGAAAAGAGCGGACAAGAACAAAAUGCCGAAGCUGAUGCUGAUGACGACUCGGAAGGCAGCGACAUCGAGCUCAACAUGGACGGCCACAGCUGGAGCUACACCACCAACACCUCCAGGUCCAGGGAGACGACGGCCAUGAACGCAGCGUCAGUGCACGGCUCACUUUCAGGCAGAGCAACGGAAUGUGGGGCCGACGCCCGCACCUUCGAUCGGAGAUCUGAAGCAACGAGGGAGGCACUGGAACAGGACUGGGCGGCGGACGGAUGCAGCGACGACGGGACCACCACCAAGGACAUGGACGAGGACGCGGAAAGGUACGAGGCGAUCAAGAACCUCAGGGAGCAGAUGCUGGCCGGCCACGCCUUUCUCUUCCUGUCCAAAGGUGAGGCCGACGCUGACAGCGAUCGGCAUCGCCAUGGUUUCGCUUCUCAUUUUGAAGACGGUGGCCUCUGGUGA